UGUUGAAAUGACAGCAGCAGCAGCUCCAUUAUCAUCUUCAUCUUCUUCUUCAGGUUGAUUCAAAAGUAGCAGCCGAAACCAGAAUGGUUCCAUUUCUUCUCCAUGGUUGAUUCAAAUCAUUCGCCAAUAUUCUCAGUGGAGUGCAGUAUAGAUUCGUCCCUUGCCGAGGAGCUAAAGGCCAUUCGCGAGAAGCUGAAACGACUGAGAUUGGAGAAACAGAAGACCACGAAGCUACUUGAUGACAGAGAUUUCAUACUCGAUAAGAACAUGAAGGAGAUUAAUAACAGAGGCCAAACCCAGAAGAUGCUUCAAAUGGAACUAGAUCGACUCUGCCGACUCAACCAAUUCCAAAUCUCUUCCAUGAAAAUGUCACCAAUCAAGUCCUUGAGAGAAGAGAAUCAAGGAGGAGUUAUAAGGAAGAUCAACUUUCAAGAUCAACAAUCAGAUACUUCAGCUUCUAUUCAUAAAUGAAGGUCUCACCAAUUUGUGAUCAUGAAUAUUGGCCUCUGUUUUGAUAAUUAUAUAUGAGCUUUAAGCAAUAUGUCUGUUUAUAUUGGUAUAAUAUUAAUAAAUGAAAGAACUUCUUUUGAAUCAUCAACU